AUGGUGUACAAGGAUCAACCGGUUGAAAUUACAGCCUCUUAUGACGAGUGGGAUGAUGACAAAAUCUGUACUGGUUUUUUAAGACGAAAAUUCGCAUCUAGUCAAGAUUCCACCGAGUUCGGACAACACGUCACCAGCGAGGACUUUUCCCGCCGAUCUCUGCUAGUACCGAGCCCAGGGGACUUCAGCAGGUCCGAAUUCGACGAGACCCGCCUCAGCCCGCAGCCGCCGCCCGCGCAAUCGGCACUCCUCGACGUCUUCCGCAACACCUCGGACCGCCGGCCGUCGGCGGCCGGAUUCCUCAGACGCCCCUCUGCCGUCAACUUCCACCGCCGGCCCUCCACCGUCGUAGAGCUUAAGUACGUUCCUUCCUCGAUCGAGCAGGAAUUCAUUCCGAACAAUCCAGCAGCAGCAGCUCACAACUACAACCGUCCUCAGCAGCAGCCAUUGUUGAACUUGCAACAGGUCGUCGACGAUCACCACAAUCACUACUACCAGACCAAUCCGGAGAGCGACUCCAAUCCGCGGGGUAAGAAGAAGAAGAAGCCUGGCAUUGAUCUGACAGAACUUUCCAAAAUCUACGGCAUACCCCUCAGCAGGCCUCUAACCAUGGACGACGACGAAGGCUCUUCAUCCUUCCUGCCACAGAGACGGUCCACCAUGCCCAACGUUCUGGACGGGUCCACAGACACGGAGGGGUCUUCGGGGGAAGGGUUCGUGCGAACGGGUUCCCUGUAUAGCGCCACCAGGAAGAUGGAAGCACAGUCCAAGAACAGUUCCAUUGCCAGUGUGAGGAAGAAUAGCCUUCCGGACAUCAGCAGCAUCGGAGCAUCCGACUCUAAGUUGCUGUCUCGGGAAGCCAUUGCGAUCCUGAGUUCUCAAAGGCGCGAAGCCAUCAGGAGACAGGAAGAAGAAGCGAUGCGACUGAGAGCAAAUCCAUUACUAUAUCUGUUCAGCCCUGAAAUCUGGGAUUGGCUGGCAAGUCAACAGCUAGUGAUUCUCAUAAUCGUCAUCAAUGUCGCCCUAGGAAUAUUAUUCUUCAAGGUAAUAUUAUAGUGAAGAACAUUCUCUAAAAGUUUUCGGUGCUUUCCUGGAUUCCGAAUUUCCGUCUUCUCCAGAAACUGAUCUUGAAAGACAAUCGGGGCCAUUCCUUUGUCGCGGGAACGCCUUCUAAAACUUUUCCAAUUCAUUGUUUGGGGCACCAGGACAUUUCUUGACCUCUGGAACCCAUGCUCAGAUUUUUAAUUCUUCCGAAUUGGAAAGGAAACAAAACUGAUUAAAUUAUAUGAUUUUAUGCCUGAAAAAGAGCUUUUUUAUAUUAAAAACUAAAAUAAAAUAUGCUAUUCUUAUAGAUAUGACUGUUCAUAUUACGAGCAUGCGCUCUCGCUGCUCUGUUAUCCUCGAUUGAAAUUAUUUUAUUUUUCUAACUCACAAGAGCAAAAACUUAAUAUUUUACCAAUAGAAGUAGACUUGAGCAUCAAUACUUAUUCUUAAAUGCAGUACAUUAGCAAUAGAAAGUGUACAAUAACUUACAAGAAAUUUUAAUAAAUAUUUGAAACUAAGUAUUCCAAUUUACAUCAAAUUGCAU